ACGAAUUUAAUGAUAUGAUCAAAUAAUUUUUCUAAGAACUUUUUCAUUUUCCCAACCCCGGUCCGGAACAGUAAUUAAUUAAUUAAAUUAAUCAAUUCUAAUAGACCGGGUUGCAGGGCGUUACAACAACAAGUCCAGGUCCUUCAAGAAUAGAAUGCCCGGCUCAAGGAAGAAGGCUCAAUGGAACUAGCAGCUGAAAGGUCCAGGGUCGAGUCCCUGCAAGAGCAGAUUGCUACUUACCAAAGGGGGACCCAGGAUCUGGAAGCGCAGUUUCACAGACUCCGGGCACAAAUCUCCAUCCUAGAGUCAAAGGCCUCAGCUUUAGAAGACAAGGUGGGAAGUCUAAAAGCUGGACUGGUCGAAAGGGAAUCCCGGAUUUCUGAGCUGGAGUGUUCCCUCCAAGAAGCCAAGCAAGAGGGUGCCCAUCUUAAUGAUCUCGUGGUGAAACACAUAGAGGCGAAAAGGCUUACUCUCGAGAAGUUGGGGAAGGAGAGACAGACUGCCAGCGAGCUCCGGUCAAGGAUGGGUGAACUGGAGAAGGCAAUAGCUGCUCAUCAAGAAGAGGUUUCCACCCUGACUGCCCGUGCUGAAGCCCUUUAUGAAGAAGGGAAAUUUGACAUGCAACACUGCAUCUAUGAGGCGGUCCAGAGUGGUCUUCCAGCUUACCAAUCCUUGGAUGAUUUCAUCUCCCACUAUGGGGAGGAGAACCACCCUCAUCUCCCCCAACAGGCAUCAGGGGGUGUUCUUCCGGGUUCAGGCGUGCUUCCUAACGGUACCAGGACAGGAGUUUCUUCUGGCUGUCCUGGUACGUCCCGUCCCCAGAAGAGACGCAAUCCUCACUCAGGAACUUUCCGGUUGGUCUCUGGUGAGAGGCCUUCCUCCCAGGGUUCUCCCUCCCCUCAGCAGUCAUAUGGACAGCAACCUAAGAAGUGGGGGGACAAUGACAUGGGGGAAAUAGGCUUCCGUUUAUACGCAGGGAAAAGGACGGAACCUUCCGAGAUCCACCUCCACCUUCCAUAUAAGCGGAAAUAGACCUUGAGUCCUUCCCUCAUACCUUAUCGU